AAAAAACUGCCCAGCUUUUUUGGAAUAGAAGGAGGGCGGGAGAGAGAUACGACCACAGACAAAAUCCUGCAGUAUAUUCCGGGAAAGAAUAUUCAGAACCAGGAAAACCAGAAAGAAAAUUUGGACCAGAGGUUCCCCAGCCUGUUCAAGAAGGGACGAAGGAAAACAGUUGUCAGGAAUUUGGGCAAAAUGAUCUAUUACUCCAAGGUCAAGUUUAAGUUCCAGCACUGCCAGGAGGUGAAUGACUGCUUCUUGGAACUGUUCCAGUCCUACCUGUACUUCCAGUCUAUGGGCUCCAACGGACUCACCUACCAGGGACUGCUGCCUUUGAAAGAGCUGAAUGUGUGUGAAAUUGAGAAUGGGAAGAGCACUGGGCAGGAGGAUCACGCUUUCCGCAUUGCAGGUCCUCUGCUGAAUCCCCUUAUCGUGUUCUGCCGUACUGAGUCAGAGCUGAAGCAGUGGCUUUAUCACCUGGAGAAACAGAUCCAGCUGAAUGGAGGAAGCCUUGGCUUGCCCUUCCUUUCUCAGAACGACUGGAAGCAGAGCUCCGUGGGGAAGGAGGAGCUGCGGUGGUCCGUGCAGAACAUGCCUGUCCAGGAGUGGAGAGGGACCCAGCGGGAAUCCCUAGGCGAUGUCCUCUGUGUUUCCAAAGUGAAGCUUCAGCAUCUGCCUUUCCAGGAGCAGCAUGACCGGCUGUUGGUGCUUUACCCAUCCACGCUGGUGAUAGUAUCUGAGGAGCGCAACGGCCUCUGUUUUAAGGGCGAGCUGCCACUCAAUGCCAUCCAAGUGCUUUUUGAAGAAAACGAGAAAACCUCCUUUUUAAUAGAAGGUCGACUAAUCAAUUCGAUCCGGGUGAUCUGCCACAACUAUGAUGAUUACCAGGAGUGGCUCUACUGUCUCAAAACAGCCCAGUUUCGAAAUGCCGACUCCUCCCUCUCUGGAUCAGAGAGUUUCUCGGGAUUAAAACUGCCACACCUCAGCCAGUUUGCCGGCAGCGGGAGAGGGUCACUCACUUCUGAUGGCCGUACGAACUCCUGGGCAUCGGGAGGGAGAGUGGCCACCUUAACACACCUCUCCCAGCACAGCGGCUCUCUCCCUGAUGGACAGUCCUUCGUGCUGAUGCCUGAGGGCAGGGUGCUCGAAGACCCCCUCUCCCCUGGCUAUUCUCAGCCUCUCCAUAGCCUGGCACAAGCCAACUGGCCAAGCACGGGUCUGCCCGCACAGGACCUACGGAGGGGGGGCAGCACCCGAAAGUCCAAAGGCAAAUGUGGGCCUUGUGGCCAGCAACUGCCCAGCCAGGACACGGAGAGGACCAUUUGCAGCCUCAUUCCCGAAAACCCCAACGGCGAGCUCUUGUCCUCGGUGUACAACGAACCGUACUCCGCACGCAGCUCGCAGCAUCGCCCUGCAGCUCCCUCGUCACACCUGGACCUGAGCAGUCUGAACAGAUGGAGCUUGGUGGGAAGUCAGCCCUCGACAGCUUCCAGCUCCCUGGAGAAGCCGGCCAUGCCCCGCUCCCCCUUGUACGCUGAUCCCUAUACACCCAGUUCUCCCAGCUCUCCCAGCAUGGCAGGCUCCAGCUUCCUGGAAGAGAUCUCUUCUCUGCGAGAGGAACAUCUGGGCCCUUCUCUGCAGCCACCAGAUGGAAAUGUCGGCACUUACGACCUGCCAGAGGCCAACUGCCGGCACCGCGACUCCUACCAUGACUAUGCCGAGCUCCAGAGCUUCCAGAGCGACUUCAGCUAUGACAACCUGUGGGAAGCCGAGGCGAAGGAGCCGGACACCCCGCAUGCCUCCCCAGCACCUGGCCAGCAGUUUUACCAGGCCUGA